AUUCAUAGCAUCACUGACACCUCCAAAAGAUAGCAGACCCCUGGAUGCUGAGGGCUCCACAUUUCUAUGCAAGAAAUGCCACAAACAUUUAAGGUCUGAGUGGGAAGAGUUUGAACAAAGUAAAAAACCUCAAGGUGAACGUUCUUAUGCAGUAAAACUAAAUCCAGUAAUCACAGAGGAUCUAGAGAUUUUUGCAGUUUGUUUUCUGUGUGGUCUAAAUGUUAAUUCAUCAGUUCAUUUUAAGCUGUAUUCCUACCCACACAGUGGUAAGGAUGUCCACGAUGGAGGCCCCUUCUUCCCUUUCUUGUCAUCUCGAGAACCUGCUAUGAAUGCUCAACCUUUAGAUGAUGAAGGAACUGCUCUUACAUGUCAGAUUUGUUAUCAUAACCUUAUGAUGCAAUGGAGUGCUUAUGAAAGUUCUGACAUUCCUGAAGAAUCCAACAGGUGGCUACGAAAGUAUUUGGUAUCAACCAUAAACUGUUAUCUGUGUUGCAAACAAGUUUCAAGGUUUGCAUCUGGGGCUGUAAAUAAACAGGUGAUAUCAUUUCCCUCCAAUCACCAGCCACCAAAAAAUGGAAUUGUGGUUAAUAAUGGCAGAGAUGUUGUCUUGUGCAACAAAUGUCAGCGAGAAGUUCAAAGAGACCUGGAGGCAAUGGAUGAUUGUAAUGGUGUAACAAGCAGGCUUGUGUGGGAAUGGGAUAAUCAAGAUGCAGACAAGAAUCCUCUGGAGAGUGAAGUCAAAGGCCAGAAAUCCAGCCAGGGACGUGUUAUAGUCAUUGACUCCAGCGAGGAUAGUGAAGGUGAUGGUAGCUCGUCCCAGCUGCAAAACAAGAAAGUGAAAUUGGGCUCUAUUAGUUCAAAUGCGUCCCCCAUGCACUAUACAACAUCUCUGUCACCUGGAUUGCAACCUGCCGUACACAAUAAAGAUUCUACUCCCGCAACAACUGACUCGUCAAUGUCAGGAGGUCAAGCCAGUUUUGCAGCAGCACUACGAAAACUAGCAAAACAAGCAAAACCAGUUCCCCCAUCAGCCUCUUCUCCUACUCCAUCUGACAGCAGCUCUCAUUCCGUUUCACCAAGUGUCUCUGCUAUCAGCACAAAAAGUGCAGGCAUGUCUCCAUCAAGAACUUCGCCGCCAUCAGGACAGUCAGAAAUUAAUGCAAAAGACAAAGGAGGUGGCCAUCAGAGUCCAGGAGUAAUUGGUGUGCACACACCCCCUGUUCAGUCUGCCCCUGUUGUGGAUCCAGAUCACAGAAAUCACCGAGCAGGUGAGCAAACACGUGAGCCAAACAGGGGUCCCCACAGACCAGAAGUCAGCCACCCUCGCAUGAGCCGUGAAGUGAUGCCAGGUGUCUUCUCUACAGUUCCCAGAGGUCAUUCAGAGGUACCCAUGUUGUCAGAGCACUACCCUGGCCCUGAACCUCCUCCUCAUGCUCCUGUAGCCUUUUACCCUGCUUAUGGAGCUAAGCCAGAAUUGCCAAUAUAUGUCCCAAGAGGGUCCCAUCCACCUGGUCCCCCUCCUUUGUUGGCCUCUAAACGAGAUGGUCCAGAAGCCCAUAUGUUGCCAGCAUUUUAUCCAACACCUUACCCUCCAACGGUUUUAGAUCCCCAUGAUGUUCGUUUUAGCACCUGGAGGCAGCAACGAGCUGCAGAACAUUUACGUCAACAGCAUGAGCGUCAUUCUAUUUUGCCAGAUGGUUCAGUGCUUAUAGAACCUUACGACCUUCCUAUUGCUCAUCCUGGUGACGCAGCACGGCAUUUACCGCCGAGUAAUGUAGAUCCAUUUGUUCGGAAGAACUCACCACAUUUAAGGCCAGGGGACAAUCCCGAGUCUCGUGAAACCAGGAAGCAGGAAUCUGUUGAGUCUGCAAAGAAAGGCAAAGAAAAUGAAAGUGGCCCAGGAGAGCCAAAAAGAAGUUCUGCAGAAGCAUCUCUGCAGCGGGGGCUCUACCAGGAACACAAACCAGGAUCCUGCCCUGUUCAUGGGCAUGGCACCCCUGGCGGAGCACCAACAUCAAGUUCAUCUGAGCCACCUAGAAGUCAUGCACUUCAUGUUCGAGGUGACCCUAUGAUGGUUUCCAAGAUGACACGACCUGGUGAAUACAAAAGGAUGUUUCUCCCAGCACAUGAAGUGCCUGUUCUUCAUCCAUACAUGGUGCACCCCCCUAGAGAUGCUCCUUACCCCCUCCACCCCUUGGAUGAGAGGCAUGUUGAAUUUGUCAGAGAACGGGAAAGGCAGGAGUUCUUAUUGCAUGAACGGCUGAUGUUGGAGCAGAAAGACAACCUCCGUGCACCUGGAGAGGACUGGCCAAGACAUCACCUACCACAAGAAAAACCUGGAGGUUUAGGUGUUAUGCGCUAUCCACAACCACAUCACCAACAGCGCUUAGACACCAGCAAGAGCCCCCUUUUAGUUGACCCUCACAAAGGGGACCCAUCUUUGGCUCGCAUGGCAACCAGUAGGGAGGCAGAUCACCUGUACCGUGGCUUUCCUUUCCAUCCUUUUCACCAUCCACCUCCAGAUGGAAAAGGAUUUGGUGAUCGUUAUGGAAAUGAACUUGACCUUAGACAUCUUCAGCCUGAUAAUGGGUGAAGAAGAUCUUCUGUUGGUCCAUCAG